ACGCAUACAAUGGGGUUCAGUAAGGUCACACUGUAAAUCUGAUAUUCAAAGUCCAAUUUUGAUAUUAAAAUAAAAUUUUAGGGUUUUGAAAAGUUUAAAAGAUUUAUGAAAAAAUGCACUAUGCACUAUUCUUAUGAUAAUCAAAUACAGAUUUGUAUCUGAACAUUUAUGAUUAUGUACUGUAUAACUGCACACAGCAUGUAUUUAAAAAAACAGGGAGCUUAUUGGCACAGUGGUAAACCAGAAAAAAAAAGGCAAUUCAUGACCAAAAAGUUGCCAAUCCCUGGCCUACAGUGAAGAAAUGACAUAACAGUCAUAAGACUUAAGUCAUAUGAGGUGAAAAAAAAGGUUUUUAGUGUGUCUCAAUAACAGUCCUCCCAUUAUAAAGUAGUCAUGUUCCUUUAAACAUUCCGGUCAACUUUAUAAGGAACUAAAAUCUGCAGAAUCCCAACAACAAGCAGCUACUCAUAUUGCUCUCUUCUGUCUCAGAAAAAUGGAUUACACUGAAGAAUACAGUAAACUGGAGAUGGAAUGUGAACCAAGGAAAUCAUUUCAGAGAGGUCUUCUAUACAGGAGACAAACUGGCAUCUUUGUGCUUAUGGGAACAGUCUGCAUGAUUAUUUUCAUGGUCUUGACUUCUGUCAUCUAUUCCCAUCAAGAACGAAAGUUCUCAAUGCUGGAGAGCUGGAUGAAGAGCCAUACUUCUGAUCUAACCUCAGUCAAAUCUGAUUUUCAGAACACAGGAGGUGAUCUAGAAAAGAAGGUUGCUGAGCUGCAGAACUUAGUGUUCAGCCUGAGUUCAUAUUUGAACACGUCUGGAUCAAGUAACCCAGAGACCAGAGAAAUGCAAAUAAAGAAGCUGUCUAAUAUUGAGACCCUGAUGAGCGAUCUCGGCUCGUCACUGAGUUCACUCGCAUCCAAACAAGAAGAAAAUUUACAAAAGCUGGAGCGUCAGCAGGAAACGUCACACACUGAAGUCAAGAGUUUGAUGGACGGUUUGAGUUCAGCAGUAUCGACUCUUAGGAGUAAACUAACAGAGGACAGUCAGAGGACAUCUAUUGUUUCUCUACAGCCUUUUCUACAAACAUUACGGAUAUUGAUGGGCAUGUCAAGCUCACUUUCAGACCUGAAGCAUUCAGUGGAGUUAAUGAGAUCAUCUCUUCAAACUCUUUCUUAUAAACUAUCAUUUACACACUUACUUAAAUCAGGCUGUACUGAACCUGAUUGGAUCCCAUUCAGAAACAGUUGUUACCUGUUCUCCCAGGAUGUAAUGAACUGGACUAAUGCAAAGGAUUACUGUGAAGAGAAGGGUGCCUUACUCCUAAAAAUAGAAGAUGGCUCUGAGAAGGAGUGGCAAUUUGUUAGCAAUUUCGCCAAACCACAUGACUACUGGAUUGGUCUAACGGAUCAGAACACAGGCCAGUGGAGAUGGACGGAUGACACUCCUUACAUCAUGAAUAAAGAACACUGGAGAACUGGGCAGCCAGAUGAAUGGACCGAACACGGCCUGGGGGAAGGAGGAGAGGACUGUGGGCAGAUUGCAUAUGAUGGUAUGCUUAAUGAUGCCCACUGCUCUACCAAAAUGAAGUAUAUAUGUGAAAUGCAAAACUGAAUAAAUACAAUUCUGAAAGCACAUUGUAAAUAGGCUUGGUUUAGACUGUAUUGAGUUUUUGUGUGUAUGAAUUGUGUAAAUUACAAAUCACAUUAAUGAUGUGUUUAUCAGUGUUGCGAUGUAGUUACUAAUAUGACUAA